CACACACUCACACACUCCCCUAUAUUCACACUUACUCAUUCACUUACACUUCAUUUAUACAACUUUUACUUAUUCUUUUACUAUCCUCUUUGACUUUUUACUUUAUCUUUUUAUUUAUACAAGUUUAUAUGGACUAUACUCUUCAACAACAUAGUGAUUCAACAGGGUGGGUGUAUUCACAUGAAACUUCUUUACGUACGGAAACACAUGAACCUUUACGGGAACCUGUACCUUUUGAAGACUUUCAGUUUAGUUUUGGAUUGGACCCGGGAUUUGCCAUGCCUGUACCUUUGGAUAUGCCACCACCUGUUCCAGCUUUAAAUGAUUCAAACAGUUUAUUACCUAUGGAUAUUCAAAGUGAUGGACUUGAUACAACAACUAGUAAUAACCCUCUUCUUGAUGAAAACGACCAAAAGGCUUUCUCUCAAUUCUUGGAUGCUUUUUUUGUGGAUAAGGAUGGACAAAUGUCGAAUGCCGAACAAAUGGCGAGUCAAUUCUCUACUAUGUAUGAUAUACAACCUCCACCUUUAUCAUUGAAUGAUAAUUUUGAACCAAUUCCUCCUUCAAUACCUGAUCCUUAUCAUGUGGCCACAUCCAUGUUUUUACCAAAACCAACAACGAAUAUACGACCAAAUAAUAAUGAUAUUAAUGAUGGUGAUGAUGAUGAUGAUGAUGAUGACGAAUAUCGACGUAGUUCUAUAUUACAAUCAUUAGAUCAACAGAAACAGUUUCAUCAACGAUUGAAUAGGGUAGCUUCAGUACAACAACAAAAACAACAAAGCAGAAAAGAAAAUAUUAAUGAUCAAGGAUCUAUUGGCCCCAAUGCUAUUUUCCUUCAACAAAGCAAUCAAGUAUCAGCACCAUUUAUUACGAAACAUCCAUCAUCGGCACAAAGGUAUCAUGUUUCACAGCAUGCACCUUAUCCACCACCUGAAAGACAACAUUCAUCUUCUGCAUCUGGCAAUCAAGAUCAAAAGUCCUCUAGGUCCAUGUCUACUCCAACUCGGCGUAACAAAUCAAAUAAAGAAUUGUUGACUGAAGAAGAAAAACGAAACAAUCAUAUUGCAUCUGAACAAAAGCGGCGUAGUACAAUUCGAAAUGGUUUCAAGGAUCUAACUGACAUUGUGCCGACUCUAAAAAAUAUCAACAACUCGAAAAGUACGGUAUUAUUCAAGGCUGUGGAUUAUAUCAAGUAUUUGGAAAAACGCAACAAAAGUUUACGGGAAAAGGUGGGCUCAUUGGAAGUUCGAGUUAAGGUCGAAGGUAGAGUCAGUGACAUUUUGAUGCAUUCUUCGGCAUUACAACAUACACCAACACAAUCUUCACCGCCAUCCAUGGCUCCAUCUCAAUCAUCCCCAAUAUCACAACAAUCUUAUUCUGAAUCUGGUUCAUUGUCAUCCACUGCUGUGAUAUCAAAUGAAGAAUCUGAUGGCAUUAUCAAGGAUCACCGACAACAACAGCAGCAACAACAACAACAACAACAACAUUAUUGUCAUGACAAUAAUAGUAGUGGAGGUGUCGCAGCAGCACUUUUGGCUCACAAAUCUCAACAAAAACAGUUAAUGGCUUUACAAGAACAGUUACAAUAUCAUCAAAGGUUAUUGGCACAACAAGAUGAACAUUAUCAUCGAAAUACCAACAAGGAUAGUUACAAUAACAAUUAUCAUUCCAUUUCUUCUUCAUCAAACUCAUCAUCAUCACACUCUUCUCCUCAAUCAGCUGAUUUAUACCAACAUCCACCUGUAUCUUCUUCUCGAUGGAACAACAACUUAUCCAAGGACACGACAACUACAGCAACGACAACAUCAACUAUGCACACUCAUGUCAAAAUGGAAGUGGAUAAUGAAGAACCUUUGAAAAAUGUGAUGGGGUUGGAUGGAGAAUGGUGGCCAACAGGAUGUAAAGGUAACUCAGCACAACGGAUGAAAGCCCACAAGUUCUGUCAAUCCCCUGAUCAUCAUGACAAUGCGGCCACCAUGUGUCUGUGUCAUCAUCACCCACUUGGUUGGCCUGUAUGUAAACAACAACAACAACAAAAACGAUCUGACUCUUCAUUUACACUGUGUCAAGAAGAUUCUUAUGCUGCUUGCUUAAUGGCGUGUGAUGCCGCUGUUGAAACCAUCCUAUGUCAACAAACUCAAUUGUUACAAUGUACGCUACGCACACCUAGUUCUUUGAAUGUCUCAUAAUAAUAAUAAUAAUAUGGAGGAUGAUGACCGUAAAUAAACGAUAGAGAGUUAUAUUUAUAUCUAUAAAAAGUAAAAUCCAUUACUCAUUCACUUUCUGAUUUCUGUUUCUCUCUCUCUCUUGCGCCGGUAAAAAAAAAAAUCAUAUGUUGGUCCACAACUUCGAGCAAAAUCCAGUAAAAUCACUUGACUUUUGCUCUUUCUAUCUACAUAUUUUUUCAAUUUCUUCCAUUUUUCUGAAUACAUCCUAUUGAUAAAGGAUCCUUA